AUGAACGCCGCUCAGUCUUUCGGUGAGCUGGCUAAGCCAGGUAGGAUAUGCGCUUAUAUGGCCAACGCUGGUGUUGUUCCCUCGCAGUUCGACCCAGCCAGGACAGGCGGUGCGCUCUCGCGUUUGCCAGGUCACGGCCAACCAAGUCAAUCUCCAUCGAGCGCUCUCCAGGUGAUCCCUACAAGCCUCGCUCCUUGA